UUCCGGUAGUUUCCAAGAUGGCUGCCGCGGGAAGAGUUGCUGAGUUGUUGGAUUCUUUGCCGAACUCUGACGAUCCAAAAGCGGUGCUUGAAUCAGUACAAACCGUCGUGACAACUGUCCACCCAUCUACUCUGCGAGAUGUUAUCCCCAAUGUAUCGUUUGCCAAUAUCUUUGACUGCCUAAACUCCAGUGAUACAGAACUGGUGAACCUUGGCUGCGAUGUCUUAGACCAACUGAUGUCAUCUGUAAGUCCAGCAUUGGUUCUGCACAACUUCAAGAUGGAAUUCAACCAGUGCCUCAUACACUCAGCACAGCGGGUCAAACUGCUGGCUCUUAAGCAGUUGUCCAGAGCCUCUGUUGAGAAUGUGUGCAGUUUAUUUGAAGUCCCAGAGCUUGUGCUUAAGGUAGCAGACCAUUUGGCUGACGAUAGCCUGACUGUAGCCAAACCAGCAGGCAUCAUCCUCACAAAUCUGGGCAAGACCCCUGAUGGCCUAGCAGCCCUCUACAGUCCGGAAAUGGAGCAGCAGCUUGAGAAAGCCAUGGAAAAGAAUGACACCGUCAAGUUCCGAGUCUACCAGAUGGUGGUGGACAUCAGUCGAGCAUCACCCAUCGGCCUGCAGCGGUCAGCAGAAGCCGGCUACAUCCAGCAGCUGGUCAAUGAAGUGCACAAGGACGACAUCCUGGUCCAGCUCAACUGUCUGGAACUCCUGUCAGACGUGGCGCAGGAACAACACGGGAUUGUCUUCCUUGACGAGCAGGGCAUUGUGGGUAGAAUGGAGGAUAUGAUGUCCACUGUGGAGUCCGAUCCCAUGGGGGGCUUCCUGCUUCCAGGUUUAAUGAAAUUCUUCGGAGGACUGGCCAGGUACCAUCCGAAGGAAGUGUGUGGCAAGUUCAACAAGUUCACCAACCUCGUGUUCCACAGUGUUGACGGAGCCGACUCCAGUCUCCAGGCAACAGCCAUCGAUACCAUCAGCUUUAUUGGCAGCACGAUUGAUGGAAAACUGGCACUGGAAAAACUAGGAAGCCAGAUGACAGUAUUCAUGAAGCGUGUCGGCAAACUCAUACAGAACUCCAUCUCUGAGACGAGGGCACGGUGUCUGCGGGCGGUUGCCUCACUCCUUCAACUCAAGGUGGAGGACCAGACAGCAGAGUUCCUGGCCCUGACGGAGAACUGGUUCAGUCAUCUAUUCCCAAAACCCUUCAAUGUUCUGUGGGACAUCGCGAAGCAGCCAUUCUCCGACCUGAGGUGCAACACUUAUGGCAUCUUCCAGGCCCUGGCUCUGCAGCCCUGGGGGCAGAAGAUGAUGAACGAAGCACCUGGCUUUAAUGAGUUUGUUCUGGACAGGUCAACAGAAAACUGCAAGGAGGGGAAAGAGAGCAAGUAUGAGGUCAUCCGUACUCUGGCCGAGUCUCCCACUGUGAUCGAUUCAUUUGGUCAGCCAUUCUAUGUGAGAGUUAUGGAGUACUACAAACAAGGUGCGUUCUAUGUUCAGGCUCAGUCCGAAGUUGCCCUCGAAGAUGGGGGAUCAUGAAGAAAUUAUUGGGGAUGUUGAAAACUAAAAUAAACUGUUUAUAUUCUC